GCCCGCGGUCGCUGGACGCUGCUAAGUAGGACGUAGCUUUAUGAUAACCUUCCUAGUGCCUCGUUUAUAGACGUACACACUUGUCAGAUUGGAAGUUCUUUGCGCCGAUCUGUAUCAGUUCCAUCAUGCUUUUUGUUGGAUGGAUUUAUUUUGUUUUUUUCCUACUGUGCGUAACAAUAGAAACUGUUACUUCUGAUGAAAGAAAAGAUGCAAGUGAACGACAAACAGGCAAUUUAAUUCGCUGGAUUCCAAACACUUUGCACACUGCAAGCGAAAAAGAAUUGGAAUUAAUCCGAACUUUGGAACAAUUAAGUAGUAAUUCUGAGGAAAUUGAUAGGAAUAUCGUUGUACCACCAGGAUUUAUAGGUACUCGUGGAAAAAGGAAUAACAUUCAAGAUAGGCCUUCACUGAAUUUCGAUAUGGCAGUAAGAAGAAGACGUCAAGAUGUCCUUCCAGGUUUCGUUGCUGUCCGAGAAAAAAGACAAGAUCCGGGAUUUCUUGCAGUUCGGGGAAGGAGAGAUGAUAUUUUUUCUGGGGUUGUGGUUGUUCGAGGAAUAGGUAAAAGAAACGAUGAUUCAACUGAUUUUAUGGCAAUUAGAGAACCAAGGCAAGACGUAAUAGAUCCAGGUUUUAUGGCAGUUCGUGGGAAACGGAAUAUUGACAUACCUAACGAUGUAAACGUUAUCAAAAAUAGAAAAAUCCAUUUCUAAUUCUAUGAUAAUACACGGAAAAA